AUGCGAGGAUUGAAAAAACGCACCAGGAAGGCCUUUGGAAUACGCAGGAAAGAAAAGGACACUGAUUCCACAGGGUCACCGGACAGGGACGGCAUCCAGCCCAGCCCUCAUCCCAAUGAUCCAACUUCCAAUAGCAAAGCCGAGGGCACGCAGGAAGGAGGAAAUAAAAACGGGAAGAAAACCAACGGAGCCCCAAAUGGAUUUUAUGCAGAGAUCGACUGGGACAGAUAUAACUCACCUGAGCUGGAUGAGGAGGGAUACAGCAUCAGACCCGAGGAACCAGGAUGUACCAAAGGAAAACACUUCUACUCCUCCAGCGAGUCGGAGGAGGAGGAGGAGGCGCACAAGAAAUUCAACAUCAAGAUCAAACCCCUGCAAGCCAAGGACGCGCUGCGCAGCGCGGCCACCGUGGACGAGCUCAAGGCUUCCGUGGGCAACAUCGCCCUGUCCCCAUCCCCCGUGGUGAGUCCUGCCCACCCUUCCCCGGGCACGAUUAAAAGGAAUUUAUCCAGUGAGGAGAUCACGAGGCCCCGGCGCUCCACGCCCACCCCAGACCCCGCCAGCAGGAGAGCCGGGGAGGACCCGGCAGCGCUGGCCCCGCUCUUCGGGCCCCCCCUGGAAUCGGCGUUUGAGGAGCAGAAACUGGAGGCUGCUCUGGACCAGCCUGAGAUAUGGGGGUCGGUCCAGCCCAUCAACACAAACAUCGAGUCCCCAAAACUUCCAAGACCUUUUCCAACUGGAACCCCUCCGCCGCUCCCCCCGAAGAACAUCCCGGCCACUCCGCCGCGCACCGGCUCGCCCCUGCCCCUGGCCAUCGGAGGGGACCAGGCAGCAGCAGAGCCCAAACGGGACAAACUCCCGUCCAUCAAUGACUUGGACAGCAUUUUUGGCCCCGUGCCGUCCCCUAAAUCUGCUGCUGCCACGGCGGAAGACAAGUGGGUCAAUUUUUCCGAUCAAUCCCCGGAAAACGCUCCUCCUGCGGAAUUGUCACCCCGGGAAAAGGCGGCGUCGCCAGCGGCGGCCGCCGGUAGCCCAGGCGAGCAUCCCCGCCCGCUGCCCUCGCCGCUGCAGCUGGAAGACGCUCCCAAGAAGCUUCCCGAGCAUCCUCCCCACCUUAAGGAUGAUUCCGUCGAACCCGUCGCCUCUCCCAAAGAUUUUGGGCCGGGUCAAAGAGCAACCCCGCCGCCCCCUCCGCCGCCCACCUACCGCGCCGUGGUGUCGUCGCCCGGACCGGGCGCCAGCACGGGAAGCACCAGCGGUUCCUCGUCCCCAGCUCGCCCCGGAACGCCGCUGGCCACGUGUGGCACCCCCCCGCCACCGCCCCCCCGACCCCCGUCCCGGCCCAAGCUGCCCCCUGGCAAACCCCCAGUCAGUGACGUGUCCAGACCUUUCAGCCCUCCCAUCCACUCCUCGAGCCCUCCUCCGAUAGCGCCUCUGGCCCGAGCUGAGAGCACCUGCUCCGUGACUCACACUGUGUCCUUCUCUCUCCCUCUCCUUGACCUUUCCCAUCCCGCUUCAACUCCUGGCCAUACAGAGAAUGAACAGCCUUCCCUCGUUUGGUUUGACAGAGGAAAGUUUUAUUUGACUUUCGAAGGCUCGUCUCGGGGGCCCAGCCCCCUGACCAUGGGGGCACAGGACACCCUGCCCGUGGCUGCUGCCUUCACCGAGACCGUCAAUGCUUAUUUCAAAGGGGCUGACCCCAACAAGUGCAUCGUGAAGAUCACGGGGGAGAUGGUGCUGUCCUUCCCUGCGGGCAUCACCCGACACUUCGCCAACAACCCCUCCCCAGCCGUGCUCACCUUCCGUGUGCUCAACUUCAACCGCCUGGAACACGUCCUGCCAAACCCCCAACUGCUCUGCUGUGACAGCGUGCAGAGCGACUCCAACUCCAAGGAGUUCUGGGUCAACAUGCCAAAUCUGAUGACUCACCUAAAGAAGGUAUCGGAACAGAAACCUCAAGCCACCUAUUACAAUGUGGAUAUGCUCAAAUACCAGGUAUCUGCCCAGGGUAUUCAGUCUACUCCAUUAAACCUUGCAGUGAGCUGGCGCUGUGACCCUGCAAGCACUGACCUGCGCAUUGACUACAAAUACAACACGGAGGCAAUGACCGCCCCUGUAGCUCUAAACAACGUCCAGUUCCUCGUCCCCGUCGACGGAGGAGUAACCAAACUUCAAGCUGUGCUUCCUCCCGCUGUCUGGAAUGCUGAACAGCAAAGGAUAUUGUGGAAGAUCCCUGACAUCUCCCAGAAGUCAGAAAAUGGAGGUGUGGGCUCGCUGCUGGCGCGGUUCCAGCUGUCGGAAGGGCCGAGCUCGCCGGCCCCGCUGGCCGUGCAGUUCACCAGCGAGGGCAGCACCUUGUCCAGCUGUGACAUCGAGCUGGUGGGAGCCGGGUACCGCUUCUCCCUCAUCAAAAAGAGGUUUGCGGCAGGUAAAUAUUUGGCGGAUAACUGAUGGAAGUUUAUGCAAGUCCAUGGAAAAUACUAUGGAAAAAUCCCCAAGGACUGCUGUGCGUGGAACGGGUUUUAAUUACAGUUUAAGGAAAAUGAACUAAAUCCUGCACUCGGGACAUUUCUGUUGGAAGUGUCGACAACUUUCAGCAUUUAUUUUUUUUUUUUUUCCUUGGAAAACACCGUCUUGACCAGUCCUCCAGUAUUUACUUCUAGAUGUAACAUUGUUAAUGGUUUUAAAAUGUAAUUAUUGUAUUUGUAAAUUGUACUCAUUCCAGUAAGGCUGUAUUUUGGCAGUUAGACACUUGAGUUUUAGCAUUUUACCAUUCAUGAAAUGGAUGUAAUUUAAACUGUGGUAUAUAAAUCUAAUAGUAGUACUGUUGAAUGGCACAAUGCUUACAGAGGUAGAUUGCAUUUUGUCAAUAUAUACAAUUUAAAUACGAUACUGGUAGCUGUUAUGAAGGGGGUGCCUCAUCAAAAGAGAGUUCAGUAGAGCCCACAGGCUGAUUUAAUUUUCCUUCAGUCCUUAGUACGUCUCACAGCCAUCAAUAAAAAGCUCAACCUUCAGGUUUAGCUGGUUUAACUCCAGAAAAAAAAAAUAUUGUUGGAAAGCUGAAGGUUCCUAGGACGGUCCCCCAGGAAGAAAAUCUCACUUCUGCAAAAGAGUAUUUACUCCAAAUUUCCAGCCCUAAGAGCUGCAGAUUCCCUGCUGGAAUGAAUGCCGUGUGGAUUUUAUAUCCCUGCCCGUGUGUUUGGCAGGGAUUCAGGUGAGGAAAGGAGCAGCAAAGAGGCUGGGAGGUCACUCUGAGCUCACAGCACUGGCACAAAAAUGUCAUCGUUGGCUUCAAGGAUGCGUUUUCUGAGCUGCCCCCGGAUGUUUGUUUGUUUUUACGUUGCUUUGCUGGCUUUUUUCUGCCUUUCUUCCCCCCCGUUUUUGAAAGCUCUACGGGUUUAGAAAACGCUUUAAAGAAUCGCAGCUGCACCUGCUUCUCUGUUUUAGCACUCGGGCAGGAAAACGUGCGUGGAAAAACGCUGGGAAAAAAAAAAAUUCCCCAGGGAGCAGGAACAGCACGGGGGGUGCUGACAGGAAUCAGGGCAGG